AUUUUCAAAAACAGUUCCUUUAAAGCAUUCUGACCCACUAAAUCAGCACAUUUUUCAGCAGAGUGUAUCGUGAGAUCGCAGGUUGAGAAGAUGACAGCUCGAGUGUGCUGCUCGUUGAUUUCUGCUUUACUUUGUCUCUCUGUGUUCUGGAACACAAGAGACGCUGAAGGAGCAGCGAGAGUGAGCACAAAAAAGCCUGGAAUGUGUCCAAGCAAAAACCUCAAAAUAGGAGUGUGUGCUGAAUUCUGUUCCUGUGACAGUAACUGUCCAAACAACCAGAAAUGCUGCAGCAAUGGAUGUGGACAUCAGUGUAUGCCUCCACACACAGAAAAGCCAGGAUCGUGUCCAAAACCUGUUGGAGCAGGAGUGUGUGCUGAGAUGUGUUCUGGUGACAGUAGCUGUCCCAAAACAAUCGACAUGCUGCAGCAAUGGAUGUGGACGCCAGUGUAUGCUUCCAUAUAAAGAAAAGCCAGGAGUGUGUCCAAGAACAACUCCCAGAAUGAAAGGUGUUUGUGCUGAGCGGUGUUCUCAUGAUGGUGACUGUCCGAAUGAUGAGAAAUGCUGCAGCAAUGGAUGUGGACAUCAGUGUACGGCUCUACCUAAAGAAAAGCCAGGAAUGUGUCCAAUGACUUUGGCUGGAUUAAGAGGGAUCGUGUGUGAGGAGUUGUGUGUCAGUGACUUUGACUGUCGAGAAAUGAGAAGGCUGCAGCUCUAUCUGUGGAGGACGUCUAUGUACACCUGCAUCUUAAGUGAAGCCUGGUCUAUAUCUCAAACCAAAUGUUUGCUGAAAACUCUUCCAUGAUUAAUGUCCUUCCAGACAGAAGUCUUGCCCAACCACCUGUUGACAUGCAUGCAGAUAACAUGCCAGUUUAACCAUCU